AUGCGCCAACCUGAUCUCAGUGGUAGACUGGCUCGAUGGGUGUUCAAAUUGCAACCCUACAGGUUCACCAUCAGCCACCGUAAAGGAAAAGAUCAUGUGGUUCCAGACGCUCUGUCCCGGAUUCCCGAUGACAUUUCCGCACUUGAAAUUGUUGACCCUCUAAUUGACUUUAAUUCUCCCCACUUUGAUGACAGUGACUACGUCGAGUUAAAAGGCACCAUUAUGAAAGCACCCAAUAAAUACCCCGAUAUUAAAAUCGUAGACAAAUACGUAUACUACAGGACUGAACAUUAUUCUGGCGAUGAAUCCCAGGAACAACUAUGUUGGAAGCUGUGGAUUCCCCAUAAGUUGCGAACUCAACUUAUCUCCAAGGCCCAUGACUCCCCUGAAGCUUCCCAUGGCGGAAUGGCAAAGACCCUUGACCUUCUAAGAAGAACCUUUUUCUGGCCAGGUAUUGUUAUAGAUGUCCGCGAAUACGUUAGCAAUUGCGACGUAUGCAAAUCCACAAAGGCCCCCAAUAUGACCAUGAAGCCCCCAAUGGGUCAACCAGCAGAAUAUCCAAUUAAUGAUUUAAAGAAAAUCCAACAAUCCAUCAUAACACAGUACAAAAAUCUGCUUGUAAUGGACGACAAGAAAGUUCCUGCCGAAAUAAUCAACAUUUCCAGUGAAGAACUUAAUGCUGAGUUCAUUAAUCUUUGUUCAGACGUUGGGGGUGAAGAGGAGGAGGAGGAUGAGGCUAAGGAUAAGAAACAACAAACAUGUACAACCUCCAGAAGGCAAGAAAACCCAAACUCCUCAAAGCAGGCAGAUAAAGAAACUGAUAUAAAACCAAACACCUCAAAGAAAGCAGAUAAAGAAUCAGCUAAAAGGCCUUCAGAAGCUUCGAAAGCAACGGAAAUCAGACUUGAAAGUGAUGAUGAUUUGGAAAAAAUAUGUGUUUCAUAUCCAACUUCAACGGCCGACAAGGCCAAACAGCCAAAGAAUAAUGUCAAAGGAAAGACAAAUGAAGAAGAAGAAGAAUCAUCUAAAGCCAAAAAUCUGGAUGAUGUUACAAAGAACCUAUUGGAUCAAAUAGAUAUGAUCUGUGGUGAAGGUAAUUUGGAUAAAACAGGCGAAAAAUCACCAACAAUUUGUCAGGAAAACAUCAGCAACGAAAACAGUGGAUUCUCCUCGAAAAUAAGUCCUGCGAAGAGGCAAAAUAAUAAAACUGAAGCACCAACUGCGGAUACAAUUUCUUUAGACGCUUCAAGUGAUGACGAAGAGGUUAACGCCAAUCUAAUUAAAGAAACUGUAAAGAAAGUAUCCCAGCAGCAACUAGGCGCAGAGACGCCAAGUCCCGUGCUAGAGGAGAAACCACGUUCAAAUGUUCGAAAAUCUGUUGAAAACCAUAACCAAACUGAUGAUCACAAUAAAACUGUUCCCAGUCCUCCAGCUGCGACAAAUGCAGUUGAAGAGGAAACUAAGUCCCCAACCGAUCCAACAAUAAUUUCAGCCCAUAAUGGCAUUAGCCUAAAAAGCCUGCACAAUUCUAAUUGCGAAAAUCUUCAGGCCGAACAUCAACGUAAAGAAGAAGAAGACAAAAAGCGAGAGGAUUUAGACAAACCUACAUUUGAGGAUAUCGAAAAACGUAAUAGCCUUAAAUCCACGGAGAAAAUACGUUCGAUUCUGCUGAGUAUCCUACAGCCAAGUGAAAUAGAUGCUUUAAGAGAUUCCUUUAAAAAUACCCAGAAGAACAGCUCUGAAACGGAAAGUGAAACAAAUUAUGGCAAACAAAAUUCCCCCAAAUGUGUGGACAAUGAGAAUACCAAGUCCUUAUUGGACGGCCAUCAAAAAAUUACAAACUUGGAAGUCCGGGAAAAAUUACCCAAUGGCAUGGAAAUAGAUAAUAAGUCACCACCACCACAAUCCUCAGAGAGCCUAAACGGAAAGGUAAUAGAUUGCCACAACACCGAAGAGGAAGACCAAAGAACUACUCCCACCAAGAAAUCUUCGAAAGCUAAAAAAUCCAAAAAAGCAAAAUCCUCCCGGCCAUCAUCCUCGCCUGGUGGCAACAGAAAAGUUGAUAUUACCCGCAAAAUGAAUCAGGUCUACAGGGAAUUAGAAUGUACGUUUAAGGGUUUCGAUCAAAUAAUGAAUUAUGAGCCCAAAGCAAUUGACGGCAAGCGACGUUCCAGUGUACAUUCCCGUUCAGUUAUUUCGGAACAAUUAAAUGUAGAUGAAGAACCCACAACAUCCUUCCAACUGAGAAAACGCCGCAAAACCAUUGGCAAUGAGAAUACCAAGUCCUUCUUGGACGGCCAUCAAAAAAUUACAGACUUGGAAGUCUCGGAAAAAUUAUCCAAUGGCAUGGAAAUAGCUAAUAAGUCACCACCCCCACAAUCCUCAGAAGGCCUAAACGGAAAGGUAAUAGAUUGCCACACCACCAAAGAGGAACACCAAAAAACUACUCCCACCAAGAAAUCAUCGAAAGCUAAAAAAUCCAAGAAAGCAAAAUCCUCUCGGCCAUCAUCCUCACCUGGUGGCAACAGAAAAGUUGAUAUUACCCGCAAAAUGAAUCAGGUCUACAGGGAAUUAGAAUGUACGUUUAAGGGCUUCGAUCAAAUAAUGAAUUAUGAGCCCAAAGCAAUUGACGGCAAGCGACGUUCCAGUGUACAUACCCGUUCAUUUAUUUCGGAACAAUUAAAUGUAGAUGAAGAACCCACAACAUCCUUCCAACUGAGAAAACGCCGCAAAACCAUUGGCAAUGAGAAUACCAAGUCCUUAUUGGACGGCCAUCAAAAAAUUACAGACUUGGAAGUCCGGGAAAAAUUACCCAAUGGCAUGGAAAUAAAUAAUAAGUCACCACCACCACAAUCUUCAGAGAGCCUCAACGGAAAGGUAAUAGAUUGCCACACCACCAAAGAGGAACACCAAAGAACUACUCCCGCCAAGAAAUCAUCGAAAGCUAAAAAAUCCAAGAAAGCAAAAUCCUUCCGGCCAUCAUCCUCACCUGGGAAUUAG